AUGGCCCGUGCCGGGGAUGCGGCUUCAUUACCCCACAAUGCGCUCUCGAGCGCCGUCAAAUCCAUCCCUACGGCAUCUUGCUCUUCGGACCUGGAGAAGCGCCCGGCUUCCUCGUAUGGAAGUCGCCGGACUAGCGGCGAUGCGAGCGUUGCGGAACUCAAGCCUGCGGCGGAUCAUACCCAUCGCAAGCUGAAGCCCAGGCAUAUCCAGCUGAUUGGAAUCGGAGGGACCAUUGGGACUGCGCUGUUUGUGCAAAUUGGGAAAGGGCUGAUGUAUGGCGGGCCCGCCAGCCUGUUCAUCGCCUUCACUUUGUGGUAUGUCUUGCCUUUUUCGAGAUAUUGA